GUAUAGACCCUACAUAGGAAUACCGCCCUAUUUUGCUAGUGAUUUUUCCAGUGAUGAAGAUGAGGAAUAUUUGCCAACCUCGGAAUCAUCGGAUAGUGAUAGUAUUAUUUAUACAACAGAAAAUGUGGCUGACAGAGCUGAAAUUGUGUCAUCAUCUGCAUCUGAAGAUCCACAGGAUGAAUCAUCAAUACAUCUGGGAAGGAAAAGACGAAUGAACGCGGCAAAGUGGAAACGCAAUGUGCGUAAGCUUCGCUGCAACAGUGGAAAAGCAUACAUAAAUCAAAAGGGUCUUAAGACUUCCGCAAAAACGUUUAUACAUAAUUAUGAUUGCGGAUGCAAAAAAAAUGUAACAACCAGGUGAAUGAAUCCGACAGAGAAUUAUUUUUCAAGUCAUUUUGGAAACUUGCAGACUAUGCAAAACAAAAUAUAUUUUUAAGAGGUCUAAUUCAAUCAACACAACCAAAAGUUCAACGCAUUCGGGAUGGAAGUCGCGGCGCAAGAUGUAGAACUUUUAUUUACUCAAUUUUGGUUAACGGACAAAAUAUUGCGGUGUGUAAAAAUUUUUUUUGAACACUUUACUAAUUGGAUGGGGAAGAGUUUAUCGAUGCCUGGUUCGGGAAGAGGUAUUAGCUGA